AAUUUUAUGAAGAUGCCCCCACUAAAAUUACAAUUCGUCCCCGCUAAUUUUUUAUUUUAUUUUAAAUUUAUACUUUAAAAUUUUGAAAAUUUAUGAAAAUGUCACCACUAAAAUUACAAUUUGCCCUAUUGAAUUAUUAUUAUUUUUUUUGCAUUUUAUACUUUAAAUUUUUCAAAAUUUAUAAAAAAAAAUUCUAAAUUACAAAAAUAGACUUACCAUAUAAGUUUGCCUUACAAAUUAAAAGGCCGCUUACUAAUGACAAAAAAAACAAAAAGAAAAAAAAAAAGAAAAAGAAAAAACCUACUACUAAUGAAUCAAGUUAACGAAGAAAACUAACGAAGCAUACCUUGUUAAUUAAACGAGAUUGAAAAAAAUGAGUUUAAGUUGACUUAUUUACUUAACCAUGCCACAAGAUUGAGAAAAAAAAAAUCAAAUUGACCUACACAAGAGCAUGUUGAUUCUUGACGCCUUUCAACCAACCGAUUCUCUCCAGCACUUGCGUUCCCGCGAUUGACAUUAUACGAUUUAAAUUCCAAAAAUUCCUCCAGACACUUGCCUCUACCGCGCGUGGACUUCACAUCCCCACCAAAAGCCCAAGCUCUCCCCGCCUCCCACCUCUUCCCACCUAAUCCGCCGCAACAUCCCGGCGACCCCUUCGUCUCAGUCCAGAAACCCUGCCGGAAAAUGACGUCACACUAAAACGCUGCACCGAGCGGGUGACGAUUAACGAGGGAGGGGUGCGCAGGUUAGGAGGAACUGACCUGGUGCGCAUAUCCAUUCUAUCAAAGUGUAGUUUGGUAGUGGAAAUGUGACGACGCUUCAAGUCUUGACUGUAGCAGGCGGAUUACACAUUACACACUACACAACGCAAUUAAUAAUAAAUAAUGAUUCUUCUCUGCUAUCGAAGGAUUGUAGGAGGGCUUUAAUUUCGUGUUUGGAGAGAUGAAAAUUGAGCCGGAAAGUACCUCAGAGUGAUUUUGAAGGAUUGUAGGAGGGCUUUGAUUUCGUGUUUGGAGAGCUGGAAAUUGGGUGGGAGAGUUCCUCAGAGUGAUUCUGAAGCUCAGUGUGUUUCAUCCAUUAUAAGUCCGAAGAGCAUGAACUCUCCAUUGGCCCAGUUUGUGACUUCAAGAGGAAUAAGUAUCUUUGAGCCAAUCUACCAAAGUAGCAUGUGGGAAGAAAAUUUCAGGGGUAAUAUCUAUCAAAAUACAUCUACAUCUGCAAUUGUCACAAUGGACACAAAGCAAGACAGGCUAGACAGCCAGUCAGGGAAUGCUUCACUUGGAAUGUUAGGAUCUCCUCGCCUGUAUGACCAAGAAGCUGCUAAACCUUUUGAUAAGGUAAACCAAAUAGUACUAAGACGUCUUGCACAAAAUCGCGAGGCUGCUCGCAAAAGCCGUUUGCGGAAAAAGGCCUAUGUUCAGCAGUUAGAAACAAGCCGUUUGAAACUGAUUCAGUUGGAACAAGAGCUUGAACGAGCUAGACAACAGGGUUCGUAUAUAGGCGGCGGGUUAGAUGCAAGUCAUGUAGGGUACUCAAGAACAGUAAACUCAGGAAACUCAGCCGCUUUCAAGGAUCCUGCAGGUAUUGCUGUAUUUGAGGUGGAGUAUGGACACUGGGUUGAAGAACAAAAUAGACAAAUUUGUGAGUUGAGGAAUGCUUUGUAUCCUCCUGUAACUGAUAAAGACCUUCGCAUGCUUGUUGAUUGUGCGUUGAACCACUAUUUUACUCUCUUCCGGAUGAGAGCAACUGCUGCAAAGGCUGAUGUCUUUUAUAUGAUGUUUGGCAUGUGUAAAACAUCAGCUGAACGCUUUUUCCUGUGGAUUGGAGGUUUUCGCCCUUCAGAGCUUCUAAGGGUUCUUGAGCCACAGCUUGCCCCGUUGACAGACCAACAACAUUUGGAUAUUUGCAAACUUAGACAAUCAUGUCAGCAAGCAGAAGAUGCUUUCUCACAAGGAAUGGAGAAACUCAAGCAAAAUCUGGCUGAGAGUGUAGCUGCAGGUCAACUGGGAGAGGGUACGGCAUUGGAGAGGUUGGAAGCUCUGGUGAGAUUUGUGAAUGAGGCAGAUCAUCUCCGUCAGGAAACCCUGCAACAGAUGUCUCGCAUCCUAACUACCGACCAAGCAGCUCGUGCCCUGAUUGCAUUGGGGGAGUACUUCCAGCGCCUCAGGGCUUUGAGUUCGCUUUGGGCUAAUCCUCGUGAGCCUGCCUAGUCAUUCAAUUCAAAGGCCUGGAAUCAUGCUUCAGCAGCCACAUGUGCAUAAUCAAUUAAUCAUAGCCUGGAUUCGUCCUUACCGGAAAAAAAAUCUACUAGCCUGGAACCAUGCUCACAGUCCUUAGGGCAUAGUCACAACCUGGAAUUGUGCUUCAGCAUCCACAUGUGCUUGUUAACGUCGAGUAUAAAUAUAUAUACGUAGGCAUAAGCUGGUGAAAAAUUUCAAGCAGCCUCCCACAGUUGAGUAAUUGGAAAUAAAGAUGGCUAUUUCAUCAAAAGGAAGUAUGCAAUUAAAAUAAAUUUCUGUUUACUGUAAGGCAAUUUUAAGGAAUAUAUUUAAAGUUUCUAAAUGCAACUAGUAUUGUAUAUUGAGUGUUUGUGAAAUGUAAAUAUUGAGUGUUUGUGAUAUGUAAA